AUGAGAGAUUUUGUUAAUGGGGCAUGGUCCUUACAUGUGAAAACUUUAUUUGUGAAUCAUUUGAAUUCAAAAUAUAGACAGACUGUUGGGUACCUGGAAACUGGUUCCAUUUAUAUCAGCUUCCAUCUUUAUUUCAUAAGGUGUCUCUGCUAUGUGGAACCACAAAAUCUAACAGGUGUCGUGGAAUUCCUCCUCCUGGGAUUGACAGAGGAUCCAGAGCUGCAGCCCCUCCUCUUCGGGCUGUUCCUGUCCAUGUACCUGGUCACCAUCCUGGGGAACCUGCUCAUCAUCCUGGCCGUCGUCUCUGACCCCCACCUCCACACCCCCAUGUACUUCUUCCUCUCCAUUCUGUCCCUGGCUGACCUCGGUUUUACUUCUACCACAGUCCCAGAGAUGAUUUUUGACAUUCAAACUCACAACAGAAUUGUCUCCUAUGUGGGUUGCCUGAUUCAGUUGUCUUUUUUUAAUCUUUUUGGAUGUUUGGACAGUGUAGUCCUGACUGUCAUGGCCUAUGACCGGUUUGUAGCUAUUUGUCACCCCCUGCACCAUGCGACCAUCAUGAACCCCCGCCUCUGUAGCCUGCUGGUCCUGCUGUCUCUUUCGAUCAGCCUUUUGGACUCCCAGCUGCACUGCCUGAUGGUGUCACAACUUACCUUCUGCACAAAAGUGGAAAUUCCUCAAUUCUUCUGUGACCCUCCACAACUCCUCAAGCAGAGUUGUGAUGAUAUCUCCACCAAUAACAUAUUCACCUAUCUUAUUGGUGCCAUCUUUGGGGGUGUUCCAAUCUCAGGGAUACUUUACUCUUACUACAAAAUCGUUUCCUCCAUUCUUAAAGUCCCAUCAACAAGUGGGAAGUACAAAGCCUUCUCCACCUGUGGCUCUCACCUGUCAGUGGUUUGCUUGUUUUAUGGCACAGGACUUGGGGUGUACCUCAGCUCAAGUGUCUCACAUGCUCCCAGUAAGGGUGCAGGGGCCUCAGUGGUGUACACUAUGGUCACCCCCAUGCUGAACCCCUUCAUCUACAGCCUGAGGAACAGGGACCUCAAGGGGGCCAUGCAGAAGCUCCUCAACAGAAUAGCCCCAUCUUAA